AUGGAGGCCCAGCUGCUUGCUGCCUUCGUCCUGGCGCACGCCACGGCUGCCCUGCAGUUGGACGACUUGGGGAUGGUGGAGAACGACGUGGCCACGCUGGGUUCCAGCCUGCAGGCAAACUGCAGCAGCCCCGUUGGCAGCAUGGUGAGGUUGAACCGGCUGCAGCAACGGCUGGUCAAGGCCAGCUUCAACCAGAGCCAGCUCACUGUGAGCUCCAGCACCGUGCACGUCCACGUGUUCAAGUUCAGCGCCCGGGGCUUCACUGGGAUCAAUGUCACCAAUGAGAUGGGCAGGCAGCAGGGAAGGCACCCAUCGCAUGCCAUGCGCUUCCCGGCAGAGCUGAUGAAGGGCAUCCAGGCCAAAGASAGGGAGCAGAAACUCAUCUGCAUUUACAUCCACAGCCCUUGCAUCUUCCAGGAUGAGCACAACAGCUCUGUGCUCAAUGACCACAUCUUGGGAGCCUUCCUCCCAAACAUCAGCAUCACCAGCCUCAGACAGCCUGUGGAGAUCCAGUUCUGGCACGACAAAGUGCUGGACACCUCCAACGCAACCUGUGUCUUCUGGCAGGACAGAGCCGGCAGCAGGAGCUUGGGAAGCUGGAGCUCGGAGGGCUGCGAGACCCGGCACAGCCAGGGCACCGUGCUGUGCCGGUGCAGCCACCUCACCUACUUUGCUGUGCUGCUGAUUGCACCGAGCAACAUCAGCCAGGCCGAGCUGGUGUCUCUCACCUACAUCAGCAUCGUGGGCUGCUCCAUCUCGGCCACUGCCUCACUUUUUGCCAUCCUCCUCUACUGCAUCUUCAGGAGGAAGAAGAGUGAUGACACAACCAAAAUCCACAUGAACCUCCUGGGCGCGCUCUUCCUCCUGAACAGCGGGUUCCUGCUCAGCGAGCCGCUGGCCUUGGCCACCGUGGGGCUGUGCCGAGCCGCUGCCGCCUUCCUGCACGCAAGCCUGCUCUGCGCUUUGGCCUGGAUGGCUGCUGAGGCCUUCCACCUCUAUCUCCUCCUCAUCAAGGUCUAUAACACCUAUGUCCAGCGCUACCUCCUCAAGCUGUGCCUCUUUGGCUGGGGUCUGCCAGCUCUGGCAGUUACUGGCAUUUUGCUCUUCAAGAGAGACACCUAUGGAUACCUGGACAUCAAAACUGCUGAUGGCUACAAGAAUGCUACAAUGUGCUGGCUCACCAGCCGGGCAGCUCACUACAGCACCCUGUGCUUCGCUGGCCUCGUCCUGCUCUUCAACACCGUGGUGCUGCUCGCCGUCGUGAGGAUGCUGAGGAGCAGCCGGCAACAGAAGGGGAUGGCGAGGAAGGAUUGGGCGACAGUGCUGGGGCUCACGUGCCUGCUGGGCACUACCUGGCUCCUGGCUUUCUUCAGCUUCGGCAUGUUCUUCGUGGCCCAGCUCUACCUCUUCACCAUCCUCAACUCCUUGCAGGGUCUCUUCAUCUGCCUGUGGUACCACACUGUGCUCCGGCGGACGGACCGCAGCUCCGCCAGCACCUCCUCCAACACCUCCAAGUGAGCCAAGGGCUUCGCKGGGACACCACGCUGGAGCUCCCCGUGCUGUGAGCCCUGCAGGGGUCCCGUGGAGCUCCGUGCUCCCUGCCGCCUUUUGGGACCUUUCUUGGGGGAGUUGCAGACAAGGGCAGGUUUCCUUAACAGCUGGCAAAAUGCUUGGCUCCAGGGCAGCGAUCUUGAUUGCGCUGUCAUUAAUGAAGGUCCCGCUAGGUGGCAUGAGGAUGUCAAAGAAUUUCCCGGCUCCGAUGCCCGAGCGUCUCUGCACCAUC